AUGGCCGCAAACAAUAGCUUCAUCUCUAUUGUGGCCACUGGAUUGCUUCUUAGCUUACUCAUUGCAGAUGUGGAAUCCAUUGGAGUGUGCUACGGUAGAGAUGGGAACAAUCUCCCUCCGCCAAAUGAAGUCAUCGUCCUGUACAAAUCGAACAAUAUAAGAGGGAUUCGACUGUAUGAUUUCAACCAAGAUGCCUUCCAAGCCCUCAGAGGCACAAACAUUGAGGUCAUCGUUGACAUCCCUGACCCCUCAGCUUUCGCAUCCGAUCCCUCUGCCGCAUUUUCAUGGGUUGAGAAUAACAUCAAAGCCUUCCAAGAUGUUAACUUCCAUUACAUAGCAGUUGGUAACGAGCUAAUCCCUGGCCCGGAUGCACACAACAUCCUGCCAGCAAUGCAAAAUCUACAUAACGCUUUGCAGGCUGCCGGACUUCAAGAUCGGAUCAAAGUCUCGACAUCGAUCUCCACUGGUGUUUUCGGUAACUCCUACCCUCCCUCUGCCGGUGUCUUCUCCUCAGACGCCCUCGCCACUCUCCAACCAAUCAUCGGUUUCCUCAAUGCCAAUGGCUCCCCACUCCUCGUCAAUGUAUACCCAUACUUUAGCUACCUCGGUGAUACAAACAAUAUCUCCCUCGACUAUGCGCUCUUCACUUCAUCCGGAACGGUGGUUCAAGAUGGGCAGCUGCAAUAUCAAAAUCUGUUUGAUGCGAUUAUGGACACACUCUACUCGGCGCUCGAGAAGGUGGGUGGCGGAGGCAUCACCAUUGUGGUGUCGGAGAGUGGUUGGCCGUCGGACGGGAAUGGUAUAGCCACACCGCAGAAUGCACAGACCUAUAUCUCCAACCUCAUACAACAUGCUGGUCGGGGAACUCCCAAGAGACCCGGGAAGUUCAUUGAAGUCUAUUUAUUUGCCAUGUUUGAUGAGAACCUCAAAGAACCACAUGGGACUGAGAAUCAUUAUGGGUUGUUCAGUCCUGGCAAACAACCCAAAUAUUCUCUCAACUUUUAA